UCUGUGUUCGUUAAUGAUCACCGGCGCACAUACAGACUACAGUUGGACACACCGGCUCCGACAGCAGCAAAGGUUUAGACAGAGUCCACCUGGAGUUAUCUUGGUCUUUUUCCUCCUUAAGCAGCCUGCGCGAGGCUGCAGCAGCACACAGUACAUUCAGUCUUUGGUUUAAUUAGACAAUCUUCUGUGACUGGCGGCUGUCUGUAGCUCAGAUGCUGGGAGACAAGGCUCACGGCGUGACUUUGAAGGUGAUGGAAUACACAUACGAUGAUGACCUGGAAGAGCUGUGUCCUGUGUGCGGAGACAAAGUGUCCGGAUACCACUACGGUCUGCUCACCUGCGAAAGCUGCAAGGGUUUCUUCAAGCGGACCGUGCAGAACAGCAAGAGGUACACAUGUGCGGAAAACCAGGAGUGUAAGAUAGACAAGACCCAGCGGAAGAGGUGUCCGUUCUGCCGCUUCCAAAAAUGCCUCAACGUAGGGAUGCGCCUUGAAGCUGUACGUGCAGAUCGCAUGCGUGGGGGGAGGAACAAGUUUGGCCCCAUGUACAAGAGAGACAGGGCCUUGAAGCAGCAGAAAAAGGCUUUGAUACGAUCCAACGGGUUCAAGCUGGAGACCUCGGCCCCCCCACCGGCCUCCCCUCUGCAGACUGACUACAGCUUUACUGGCCCCCUACAUGCUCUGCCCACCAUCUCUAAAAGUCUUCUGCCGUCCACCCCGAGCUCCAUCACCUCUACAGACUACGAGGCCAACCUCUAUGGACCUACGUCACUGGGCAUGGCCAUGCAGUCCCAUGUGCCCCUGACUCCCCAGUACCAGUACACAGCAUUCCCCAACAGGGCAAUUAAAGCUGAGUGCCCAGACUACACCAGCUCCCCCGAGUCCAUCACAGGAUACCCCUACCCAGAGGUCUACCCCUCAGCCUCUCCUCAGCCGCCCAGCCUGCCACCGCUGGUGCUGGAGCUGCUCCGCUGCGACCCAGACGAGUUGGUGGUGCAGAACAAGAUUGUGGCUCACCUGCAGCAGGAGCAGAACGGCAAGGGCCGGAUUGACAAGCCCAGCACCUUCAGCCUGAUGUGCCGCAUGGCGGAUCAGACCCUCUUCUCCAUCGUGGAAUGGGCUCGGAGCUGCAUCUUCUUCAAGGAAUUGAGGGUGGGAGAUCAAAUGAAGCUGCUUCACAACUGCUGGUCGGAACUCCUGGUCCUGGAUCACAUUUUCAGACAAGUUCAACAUGGAAAGGAAGACAGUAUCCUGCUGGUGACUGGCCAGGAGAUUGAAAUGUCCUCAAUUUUGUCACAAGGAGAGACAACACUGUCCAGUCUGGUCCAGAGAGGUCAGGAGCUUGCAGCGAGGCUGCGGGUGCUGCAGGUGGACCGCAGGGAGAUGGCCUGUCUCAAGUUCCUCCUUCUGUUCAACCCCAACGUAAAGCUGCUGGAGAACCAGGCCUUCGUUGAGGGCGUGCAGGAGCAGGUGAACGGGGCUCUGCUGGAGUACAUCCUGUCCACCUACCCUCAGUUUCAGGAGAAGUUCAGCCAGCUGGUGGUCCAGCUGCCUGACCUGCGCUCCCUCAGCACACAGGCUGAGGACUACCUGUGCUUCAUGCACCUGAGCGGAGAGGUGACCUGCAACAACCUGCUCAUUGAGAUGCUACACGCUAAGAGAGCGUGUGUGUGAACAAUACACACACACACCAACAUUCUACCACCAAGUGUUACAUUUCUGCAUGAGGAGGUGUGUGUGCGUGUGUGUGCAUGUGCCUGUGUGUGAGAAUGUGUAUGGGAAUGAAAAAUAAAAGGUGAAAAGGCUUCACACUGGGUCAUCUUUGUUAGGACUUUUCCUAAGGUUGAAAGACAAAAAGAUGUUUCAGAUGUUUGGAAUUUAAAGGUUUUGAAUGUUUCCAUCUUCAUAUCCUGCACAGCUACUUUAACAUGACCUUAAAACUGGAUUUUCUACUCUUAUUACAAACAUCUGAAAUUGGGUUUAUGAGGGAAGUCAGAAUAAACAUGAAUAACGCGUUAAACUUAUUGUACAUUCCACAGAGCUGCAGAGCUGAUGUCUGUUUGCAGCUUUGCAGUUACCUGUAAGUUCCCACUUCCUGAUGCCUCUGAGUUUCAGCUGGGAACUCCUCUGCUAACUGGCUGGAGGUCUGCCUGUUUUCCAGGCCUUUUCACAACACAUUUUGUUUCCUUCCUUCAGAAAUCGCAGUUGCCUGCAACAAUGUCUCCUAUAAGGAAGCUUGUUCUGGGUGCAAUGCGGAACAUAGAUUAUUUUAUUUAAGUAAAAAACAGACUUUAUAAUUGUUGUAAAAAAUAUAAAGCAUCAAGGACUUCAGAGAGGUGCUGAUCAUUGUGACAAUCAAAAAUGUAAAUGUCACACACCUUACUCCUGUGAGAAGUUUUUAAGCUUUAUAGAAUCUCAUCCCUUUUUACAGGCCUGGAGGCUGUAAAUUAAAUAUUUGCCAAAGUAGAAAAAAAAAACAAAAAAGAAAAAAAAAAAACUGAAGAUGGACUGUGUGACGUUUGUGUCCAAUUUUUAAACAUACUUUAAAAUAAGAUGCCACACUGGUCUAGUCAGACCAGGAAGGAAUGCACUUAAUAUCUUCAACUCUACAGGCAGCCUAAAUGUAAAAGCUUCAUCAUGUUCUGUAGAGUUGAGUUUUCAUCUAUUUAUUUAAAACAUUAUCUAUCCAAAACUUUUCUUAAUGGAAAACAUUCCUAUUGAACCAAACAUCAAAACGCAGACAAAGAAAAGUGAAAAAAGAGGAAGAAACUGGACACUAAUUAAAUAAAGCUAAGUUGAAGGAAAUUAAGAAAACAGUAAUGUUUGGUCAGAUAUAAAAACUAUGCGCUAGUCAAGAACAUAAAAUAGAAUUAUGAGCAAAUGUGAGGAGACAGAAGAUUAAAAAGGCAGCAGUUUAAAGAUGCGAACAGUAAAGACAGGUUGUGGAAAUGGGCAUCCUUCAGUUUUCCCUGACUGCACAGAUGGGUCGGGGUGAAGGGGGUUGUUUGGCCACAUAUUGACUCCUUCUUAUUUACACAGUUUAUUAAUUGAGUCCUGAAAGCAACUGGACCUCAGAAAUGAUGAUGUUUGAUGACACCAAAGCAAAGAUGGACUCUUCUGUGUGAACGUUGACUAAAUCUGGCUUCCUGUUUGCUUUACAGCAACAAAACGCAUUAAAAAGACUAAACAGCCAUGCCUCAGGGUGACCUCUGACCUUACCCACAUUCACUGCUCUCCUGAUGUCUGUACUUCUGUGAACAGUACACUUGUAGUUUCACAGAUCCUCAAGUAGAUUUAGAUCUGGGCUUUGACUGGGCCAUUCAAAGUCAUACAUGACAGUGCCAAUCCACUGCAGCUCUGGCUGUGACCUCAGCUGGGUUUCUUGCUGGGAGGAGAGGUUGAGCUUCAUUUGAUCAUGGUUUGUUUCUCCAGCAGUUUUUUUAAUGAGCUCCAUCCAUCUUCCAAAACACUCUACCUUAUCUUUCCCUGCUGAAGAAUACUAUACCAGUAUACCACUAGUUCUUCCAAAUUUAGCCCGUUUUUGUCAGCAGGUGACCUCAUCAUGACAAUAUAAUAGCUUUUUUUUAACCAAUCUCAUUAAUCUUUCUAUGUGGUUGGAGGAAUAGUUUAAAUUGGCACAUCAAAACAAACAGAAUAAAAAAUGAGUUUCCUGUAAGACAGAAGACUUGGCAGCAACACAUCCCCAUGACUACCAUCAGCUGGUGCUCACUGUUUUAUCACUGUCACAUACAGCAAUGUGUGGCCAUCUGUCCGGUUGCACUACUUUACUGAUUGACAAAGGGGUUUUAUGGUUUGUUUGAUCUGUUUGUAGAAUGACAAAAACAUUCAUCAUAUUUGAUGAUCCAGUUUUCAUCUGGGAUUUUUAUUCUGCCUUGGAGGAUGCAGCCAGGUAGCUGAUGGGAGGCUAGUUAGUCUCGAUAAAUUUGCACAACUUUGGUCUUUUCAAAACAAGGAAAUAAGUGAAAGAAAGUUGCAGAUUUUAUCGCUGUGAUCAUUACUCAUUAAAUGCACGGUUUGCACUGAUUGGAUUUAAGUUCCAGCACCAUCACUGGAACUCAGCGUCUCAGUUGCAAACUGAAAUUAAACAACAAUUAAACAGUGAGGCUGAACUUGUGAGCCCACGACCAGCCACGACCUUCCCUUCCCAAAAACCCUCCUCUGUUUGUGGAACUUACUCUGUUAAACUUGUGUUUUGUCCCACACUGGUCUCCUAAGUUGUGUUAAAAAAAGGAAAGAUAAAAAAAAAACAUUUAAAAGCACUCCAAUCAAAUCGACAGUGACAAUAUUUUCUGCUCCCGUCUGUCACCAGAGUCAGUGAAAACAAAGAAACACAGUGGUGUUUGUAUUAUUGUGCAGCUCAACUUUCUUACUGUUGCCAUGUCAGAUUAGUCCUUUUUUGCCAUUUCAAGAUAUUGUAGACAAUCAUUCCGUCUGCCUUAAUUCAGUGA